AGGCAUUAAGUGUACUUACCGGCCCGCAUUCUUUGGGUCUCUACUUCAGGAAUGUUUAACUGAUACAUCAAGAUUAAAUGAUAAGGUGAAAAUAACUGUCCUCGAUUAUAAAACGGCAUGCACUAUCUCGAAUUUAGGUCAGUCGUGUUCCGUUCAUAUUGAAGUGAAGUGUUGUCGAAGUGAAAGGAUCUAAAUAGCCCCGAAAAAAAGUGUAAAGUUCAAGUUAAUAAACACAAACGUUCCCCAGUACAGUUCAAAUGGCUCAACUAAAUCCUACAUGGACGGCUGCUUCAGCUGAUGAUGCAGUGAAAAACGGAUUUUUCGCCGGUUCCGAAGUCGAUGGCAAGAAGGUUUACGUCGGACGGGUGACGGACGCGUCUGGGAAUUUUCUUCCCGCAAAAAUCGUUCCUGAAUUGAAACAUUCAUAUUACGAGGCCAACGGGCAGGAGCAGUUCUCCGACAAAAUCGAAUUUCUAUCGAACUCCGAAGGAUACGAGUGGAUUAAGUCGUCGGGUGGCGUUGCCGUUCCAGAUGCUGUUACCAUUAGCGGUUUCUAUGUGGGUCGCGGUGCAUUUAAUGGUAAUGUCGUUGUGGGACGCGUUGAUUUGAACAGCAAAAAUCUGGUGGCUACAUUUGGCGGCAACGCCCUAAAUUUACCGGAAUAUGAUGUGCUGGUUUUUAAACCGUUAGAUAACACACGCAUCCAGCAAAGUGUAUCGAAUUCAGUUAUCGUGACUGAGAAGCAAACGACUGUCAACAAAAUUGUAUCGAAAUUCGAGCAAAACCAACAAGAUAGAAUGGUCGUCCGCGAGCCUAUGUUCAAUCAGCAACGAUACUUCGAAAUGUUGAACAGAAUCCAAACACUGGAACUGGAAUUGGAUAGCUAUAAGCACGACCGUGAAGCGUACGAAAAUCGGAUCGACUUCGAACAGAAGCGCGUUGAAGAUUUGAGCAACCGGUUGCAGGCGUUGCGAUUGGAAAACUCAACGUUGGCCAAGGAGCGUAUUGCCUGGGAGGAACGAAUCACCACAGAGACUAGCCUUGUUACCGAAAUGGAAACGAAAUUGCAGGGUGUGUUGGUUGACAAUGCGUUCCUGUUGAAAAAGAUUAGUUCACUGGAGGAGGCUUUGAAGUACGAGAGAUAUCAAAUUAGUCUCCUUAAUGACAAGUAUCAACGAGACAUUGCAUCCGGUGGCUCUUUACAAAUCAAAAUCAAAAACUUUGAGGAAACGGUUCGCCAACAACAGCGACGCAUCCUCGAACUAGAAGGUGCUCUGGAUAAUAUUAACAAUGGCAGCGAUUCGUUGACACAGCAGGUGAAGGCUUACGAAAUUUCCAUUCAAAAUUUGAGAGCUCAAAUUGAUGGCCUGGUAAAGAAAUUGCAAAGCUCUAAUGCCGACAAUGAAUUUUUGGUUAAAAAGCUGGCAAUGCUAACACAAAGCCUUAAGACUUAUCAAGCCCAAUUGGAAGCGAUGAGCAGAAGGUUACAAAAUUCCCGUAUCGUCAUUGCAACCACCAAUGCCGAAUUGGGCCGCGCUACCGGCCAAUUAUCGAAAUAUCAAGCAGCACUAUCCCAAUGCUACAUCCUCAAUGGUGAACUAAUGACCAAAGUGUCCGGAUUCAGUACGAUGACAGCGUUCCAGGGCCAAUUCGACUCCAACUAUGACAUUCUCAAUUUGAGCCGUGACCUGUCUGUUGGGGCUACAUCCUCAACGAAGACCAUCACUUUCAAUAGCACAUCUGCUUUGUUGGAAGCGGCCGGUUCCGAUUCGUAUGUAAGCUUUGUGAAGGAGAAUGGAACCGAUUCCGAAAAUGGUAGUCAACCUGCCACGCCUCUUUGAGCAAUCAAAUGAGAAUUUGUAAUUGCCUAAGAUAAAAGAGAUUUACAGAUCAAUAAAGUGAUGAUGUAACAAAAUAA